UGCUCCUCACCAACAUUUCAUGGCGGACGAGAGCAUAACUCGAAUGAAUUUGUCGGCCAUCAAGAAAAUUGAUCCAUACGCUAAAGAGAUUGUUGACUCGUCAUCACAUGUUGCAUUUUACACUUUUAAUUCGGAGCAAAAUGAAUGGGAGAAAACUGAUGUCGAAGGCGCAUUUUUUAUUUACCAUCGAAAUGCCGAGCCAUUUCACAGCAUAUUUAUUAACAAUCGACUAAACACGACAUCAUUUGUGGAGCCAAUCACCGGCAGUUUGGAAUUGCAGUCGCAGCCACCUUUUCUGCUAUACCGCAACGAACGGUCGCGUAUCCGUGGAUUUUGGUUUUACAACAGCGAAGAGUGCGAUCGUAUAAGUAGCCUGGUUAAUAGCUUGCUGCUAAAUAAGUCAAGUAACGGACAGCAAUCUGGAUCAUUACUGGCAUAUUCGGCAAAAUCGGGCAACUCAAGCAUAUUUAACAUGCUUAGCCAGGCCCAAAAGGAAUACAAUGCACAAUUAAAUUGUCAGUCCCAGGCUGCAACCACAGCUGCACAGCCCGAAAACGUGACUUCCCAUAAUGUAUUGAAGUUCUUUGAGUCUGCAAAGCAGGCUACAGUGGAGGCGCAAUUAAAUCGGCCACAGCCUCUUUCAGUCGACCAGUUGGAGAAGCAACAGCGUUCUGUUACGCCCAACGAGGCGCACUGUCAAUCUUCGGCAAGAGACGGCGAAUUGAUGGGGUCCUUAAAAAGUCCAUUGUCACCAUUUCCUACGGCAUCAACAUCGUCGAUAGCUCGGAAUACUGGAAAGCCAAUCUCUUUCCUGAGAGAUGAAUCACCAGCAUCGGCUUUGCUAGCGAGUGCAGAAGCCGAGAAGUGUCUGAGAAGGCUGCUGGUCGGGGAUAAGCCUGAUGCGAAGCCCGCGCUUAUGCCGCCAACAAUGUUUGAUGUCCCCGGUGUCAAACCAGAGCCAGAGCAACCAUAUUUGCCACUUAACUCUGCGCAAUUUGUACAGGCCUUUACUUACCUUAUUCAAAACGACAAGGAAUUUGUCAAUAAGUUGCAUAAAGCCUAUAUCGACGGCUGUUCAAAUUCGUUGAUUGACUCAAACACAACAUAUCAAUAAAAAACAAAAUUAUUUUGGCGAAAAAUUAGAAAAAACAA